UUGGACGCUCGUGAAAUGUUCAGGCGACGAUCCAACGACUCAGAUUCCUCUUGGUCUGACCCAUCAAAGAAAAAGCUGACAAUUGUUUGACGGUUUUCCCCGUAGAAAUGGCAGUUGGUGUGACCCUUUCCAUGUUCUUUGUAAUUUUUGUGAAUUUUCGCCUUCCCGCUCAACUUUGAUUGUAUUUCGGAGAGAGAGAGAGAGAGAGAGAGAGAGAGAGAGAGGGAUUCGAAGAUUAGAGAAGUCGAGAUCUGAUGACCUUAUUCUAUCUGGAUUUCACGGAGCUCGAUUGAGGAAGAGUUUUUUUCAAGGUGUUCCAGGGAUUUAUAUGAAGUCUACACCUGCAGAUUCUACUGAUUUCUUCGCGAUCAGACCUGAAUGCCAAGAUGGCGUCCCAAAGACCCGAUUUAAGAUCAGGCCUGGGAAAACUCUCAGUGCUAGAAAGUGGCAGUCUGCAUUCUCUCAAGAUGGUCAUUUGGAUAUAGCAAAAGUGCUUAGACGAAUACAACGUGGGGGCAUUCAUCCAUCAAUCAAAGGGGCAGUUUGGGAGUUUUUGUUGGGAUGCUAUGAUCCAAAUAGCACGUUUGAUGAACGAAGUCAACUCAGGCAGCGCCGAAGGGAGCAGUAUGAUGUGUGGAAAUCUGAGUGCAAGAACAUGGAGCCAAAACUUGGUAAUGGAAAGAUUAUCAUGGGACCUGUCAUCACUGAAGGUGGGAUACCAAUACAAGAUCCUUCAAGUUCUGACUUGAACAAUGAAGGUCCAGGGACAACAGCUCCUGAUAUAUCUCCAAGACAUAACAGCACAGUUAGCCCUCUAACUGUUGAUUCUGUAGAAAAAAAAGUUCUUCAAUGGAAACUUACCUUGCAUCAAAUUGAUAGAUUUUGGAGAAUAGGUUUGGAUGUGGUUCGCACAGAUCGAGUUCUUAUCUUUUACGUGAAUGAAGCUAAUUUGGCAAAGCUCUGGGACGUUCUUUGUGUUUAUGCAUGGAUAGACAGCGAAAUUGGUUACUGUCAAGGAAUGAAUGAUCUCUGCUCUCCCAUGGUGAUUCUUCUCGAAAACGAAGCAGAUGCAUUUUGGUGCUUUGAACAUAUGAUGCGUAGAAUGCGGGGAAACUUCAAGACCUCAGUGAGUUCCAUUGGUGUCCAAUCACAGUUGAGUGUACUUGCAGAAAUAAUUAAAGUUGUGGAUCCAAAACUGCACCAGCACCUUGAGAACAUAGAUGGAGGGGAAUAUUUGUUUGCAUUCCAAAUGCUGGUGGUACUUUUCCGUAGAGAGCUCUCAUUUGUGGACGCAAUCUACCUUUGGGAGUUGAUGUGGGCUAUGGAGUACAAUCCAAACAUCUUCUCACAAUAUGAGGACCCAAGUGUAGCCACGGAUAAGAGUGCCAUAGCCAUGCGAAAUGGCAAGUUGCUAAAGCAAUAUGGAAAAUUUGAGAGGAAAAAUGUAAAGAGUAGCUCACUUGAUCAACAAACUGCUUUGUCUGUUUUCCUUGUGGCGGGUUUUCUUGAGGCCAAGAAUAAGCGUUUGUUGAGGGAGGCUAACGGUCUGGAUGAUGUUGUCAAGAUCUUGAAUGAUAUAAUUGGAAAUUUAGAUGCAAAAAAGGCAUGUCAUGAGGCAUUGAAGGUCCACAAAAAGUACUUCGCAAGGCUAAGAAAUCAUAGGUAGUGCAUGGAGUCAUCACUUUUGCUUCAGGACUUCUUGACACCAAUUUGGCUAUAGUUGCUUACCCCAAAAAAGAAGACUCUCACUAAGAAACCAACACACCUCCCCGGGGUUUUCUUGCCUUCUUGUAUGUAAAAUUUGUUUCCAUCUUUAUUGUUAUGAUAAGCAGGUUUCUCCAUUUUUAUUUUAAUAUUUAUGGGGAUGGUAUUUGGUUUGACA